GGAAAGCAUUGCAUUUGCUGUCCAGAAACCCAAGAGGGAGCAGCACAUCAUGGAAGAGUUCACCGGAGGGGAUGUUUACCAGAAAGAAUUCAAUCCUCGGUCCUAUUUAGAAUACUACAAGUUUGGAGAAGGCACUUUGGGAGAUGAGACCACUAUAUUUUAUUUGGAAUGCCUUUGCAAAACCUUUGCAUUGGGGUCCAUGAAAGGAGACACCCUGAUCGACAUAGGCAGCGGCCCCACCAUCUACCAACUCAUCUCAGCCUGCGAGGCCUUUGAGACCAUCAUUGCCUCUGAUUAUCUGGACGAAAACCUGCAAGAGACGAGAAAGUGGCUGAAGAACGAACCAGGAGCCUUUGACUGGAGCCCUGUGGUGAAAUACGUGUGUGAGCUGGAGGGAAACAGAGACAAGUGGGCCGAGAAGGAGGCAAAGCUGAGAAGAUCCAUCAAGCAGGUUCUGAAAUGCAAUGUCCACCUCGGCAACCCCAUGGCUCCCCUGUCCUUGCCCCAAGUGGACUGUGUCCUCUCCUCAGAAUGUCUGGAGGCUGCUUGCAGUGACCACGAAAGCUACAGGACCGCUGUGAAGAACAUCAGCUCCUUGUUGAAACCUGGAGGCCAUUUGGUGCUCUGUGGGGUUUUGGAGACCACCUUCUACAUGGUUGGCUCCCGGAAGUUCUCCAGCUUGUUCCUCACCGAGAAAUUCCUGAGAGAGGCCCUCACCGCAAAUGGUUUUACCAUUGUUCAGUUCAAAACACAACCCAGGGUUGAUAAAGUGAUGCUGGACAUGUGUGAUUUCACUGCACUGUAUUUCAUUGUAGCCUGCAAAGGAACAAAGGCUUAAGCCCAACAGACAGUAUAGAAGACACACUAAUAUCCUUAGCUUGAGCCUCACAAUAGGGUUUGUUCAUUGCUGUUUUUAAAUCUAAUGAUUUAAUGGAUAUAUAACCUAUUCCAUGGCCGUUCAGCUUACCCAUAUAAUCGGUACAAAGGUAACCUACUUUCACAGGGAUGUUGGAAAUUGAAAUGCAAUAAAAUUUUCUAGGUGCAGGAACCAAA